AUGUCCGACAAGUUUGCGCUGCCCGCGGACCCUUCUUCAUGGGGUGCCGCUCUCACUGUUGACCAGGUUGAACCUGAUGACCACUUGCACAACCCCGAUCCCCGGCGGGACAAGAAGACCGAUCGCGGUGGACACAUAUUCACCUGCAGAGGCAUAACAAACCUAGGAUUCUUGUUCAUCCUCGGAGUCGGCAUGCUCACCCUCUUCGCGGGGUACCCAAUCAUCGACCACUUCAAUAAAGUGCUCAUGACCACGCUCGGAGGUUUCAACCUCGGCGGCGUGAUCAACGCGACAGGGCAGCUCGCAGCAAUCCCGGGUAACUGGGGCCUGAUCGACCUCGACACGCCCUCCGACGCGUACACAUUCCCCGACUUUAACUCGGGCAAAGACUGGCAGCUCAUCUGGAGCGACGAGUUCGAGACCGAUGGACGCACGUUCUACCCGGGCGACGACCCGUACUGGGAGGCGGUUGACCUGCACUACUGGGGCACGAACAACAUGGAGUGGUACGACCCCGCGGCGAUCACGACGCGCGCAGGCGCACUCGAGAUCACGCUCAGCGUGAAGCAGAUGCACGGAUUGGACUACCAGGGCGGCAUGAUGUCGACGUGGAACAAGUUCUGCUUCACGGGUGGGCUGGUCCUUGCGUCGGUCGUGCUGCCUGGCGUCAACAACGUGGUUGGCUUGUGGCCGGCUAUCUGGUCUAUGGGCAACCUCGGACGCGCGGGAUACGGCGGUAGUCUUGAUGGGAUGUGGCCGUAUACCUACGAUUCAUGCGAUGUUGGUACGGUUGCCAACCAGACACUGAACGAUCUCCCUACCGCGGCCACCGUGAACGGCGAUGCUAGCGCCGGCAGUGCGCUGUCGUAUCUUCCUGGCCAGAAGCUCUCGCGAUGCACCUGCCCCGGAGAGUCCCACCCAGGUCCCAUACACGCUGACGGGACGUACGUCGGUCGCGCUGCCCCUGAGAUCGAUAUGUUCGAGGCACAGAUCACGGGUCAACCGCUGUCCGGCCAAGUCUCGCAAUCAGCGCAGUGGGCUCCUUUCAACGCUGCGUACACAUGGUUUAACAGCUCGGACACCCUCAUCAUCCCCGACCCGGUCAACACCUUCCCAAACCCCUACAAGGGCAGCGCGUUCCAGCAGGCCUCUUCAGGAGUGACUGAGACUAACCAGCAGGCGUACGAGCACACAGGCAACGUAUUCUCCGUGUAUGGCUUCCAGUACAAGCCCGGCUUUGAGGGUGCUUACAUCAGCUGGAUCGCGGAUGGCAAGCUUGCGUGGACACUGACGCAAGAAGGGUUCGCCGCAGACCCCGUUGUAGAGAUCGGACCCCGGCCUGUCCCCCAGGAGCCCAUGUACCUCAUCGCAAACCUGGGCAUGUCGCGCAACUUCGGCUUCGUCGACCUGGACCACCUAAUCUUCCCCGCGACGAUGCGCGACUUCCCGACCGCGGCGUACAUCAAUGAGUACAUCGAAGUGUACACGAACCCGAACCUGACGACGUGGCGCGACGACUACGGGCAGCCGUUCCCAAAGAACAGCUUCCUCGGCGAGUGCUGA